AUGUCCACAAAUAAAGUAAACAAAGAAAGAACUUUCCUUGCUGUUAAACCAGACGGUGUUGCUCGUGGUUUAGUUGGUGAAAUCAUCGCCAGAUACGAAAAGAAAGGUUUCGUUUUAGUUGGUUUAAAACAAUUAGUUCCAACCAAAGACUUAGCUGAAUCUCACUAUGCUGAACACAAAGAAAGACCAUUCUUCGGUGGUUUAGUCUCAUUCAUUACCUCUGGUCCAGUCGUUGCUAUGGUCUUCGAAGGUAAAGGUGUUGUUGCCUCUGCCCGUUUAAUGAUCGGUGUUACCAACCCAUUAGCCUCAGCCCCAGGUUCAAUUCGUGGUGAUUUCGGUGUUGAUGUUGGUAGAAACAUCAUCCACGGUUCUGAUUCAGUUGAAUCUGCCAACAGAGAAAUUGCUUUAUGGUUCAAACCAGAAGAAUUAUUAACUGAAGUUAAACCAAACCCAAAUUUAUACGAAUAA